UGGAGCUCUCCCCCACCAUACUAGGUCCGUAUUUUUUAGUAUAAGAGCUACCAAAAAACUAAAGUUCUUCUCUUCAACCUCUUCAAAUCUCUCUUUCUCAAUCUCCUCGUUCGAAAGCUGGAGAGGCUAAAGAAAGGGAGACUGGCAGACAUGCAAGGAUUAUAGCCACAAUGGAAUCCCCCAAGUUGAUUCGCAUUGCCAACAUCUCAGGGCGCUACCUCGUGUUUGACCCGGAUGCUGUGAGCGCGCUCCGCCGCCAGGCAAACACCAAUGGCACCUUGGUGGGAACCACUCCGCAGCAGCCAACGCAGAACAUAUUCCUGGGUUUGCCAAUUGAGCUCCGGCCUGAAGAGGUGGACGCUCUAAUUCGUACAAACGUCGCGUACGUCGUAGAUGAUGUGGCCGCUCACAAAUCGGCUCUGCAGUCUCUAGAUCCCGACUCGCGGAGGGCAUAUGUCAGCUCGCUGCGGCUGCGGAAACAGACUGCGCAGAAGGUGUUUGCCGAGAUAAACGCGCAGAAAGCGUCCAUAACAGCGAGCAAGAAGAAUAAGAAAGCCCGUGAUUCCAGCUCAGCUGUUCCGUCUACCGACCUCGGAACAGCUGAUAGUGGUGCCCUUAAAUCAGAUGGCAAUCCAUCGCCCCGCAAUAGCCAAGUGACUCUGUUGGGCGUCACACCAACAUCUAGCAUCAACUAUGUUUCCCCAGAUGCGAAUGCAUUGCCCGAGGAACCUCGUAACUCAGAAAAAGGAUCGCUCUGCCAGUUCAUGCUGGGAUCCGGGUAUUACAUGACUCCGGGGCUUCGAUUCGGAUCACGUUAUAGUGUCUAUCCCGGUGAUCCAUUACGUUUCCAUGCUCAUUUCAUGGCAAAUGAAUAUGGCUGGGAGGAAGAGAUACCUAUCCUUGAUAUCGUAGGCGGCGGCAGACUGGCAACAGCCGUAAAGAAAGCGUUUCUUAUAGGCGGCCGUAAACCGUCUACAAGUCCUGAUAUGGUCACAUCUCCUGUGAGAACAUUCAGCAUAGAGUGGGCUGGCAUGUAACAUGUUAAUGUUAAUUGAUACUAUAAACACGAAUUCCGCUGUUGAAAGAAAGGGUGCAUUAUAUAUAUAUAAUACGACGUCAGUCUAGAAGAAGAAGAAGAAGAAGAAAAAUAAAAGGAUAAACUCCCAAG